AUGGGAAAACACAUCGUUAGUCUGUUUAUCGAUAACUACGAUUCAUAUUCCUACAACAUCGUCAAUUAUUUGCACAAGGUAAACCGUGCAGAACCUAUAAUAGUAUACCCGGAUAAAUUGAAUUUUAAUGAAUUCAUGAGAAACUACUAUGAUAUAAUUGACAAUAUUGUUAUAUCUCCAGGGUAUGGUAACCCUGAAACAAAUACAAACAAUGAUUUAGUGAUAGAAAUAUUGAAGAAUAAAAUUAAUAUGCCUAUUUUAGGCAUAUGUUAUGGGCAUCAAUUAAUAUGCUACUUUUAUGGGUGUAAAAUUGAAAAAGUAAAAAAUAUGUUUCAUGGUAAUACAAACAUUAUUAAUAUAUGCAAUGAUGAAAGGAGAGGAGUAUGUGUUUUAUUUAAUAACAUAAAAGAUAAAUUCAAAGCAGUUUGCUAUAACUCUUUAAAAGUAAGUGAACAACAUAUGAGUGAUAAAUUACAUAUAACCUGUUAUUCUAUUUAUUUAAAUGAAUAUAUUGUAAUGGGCACUCAACAUAAACACUUACCUUACUACACUGUUCAGUAUCAUCCCGAAUCGGUUGGAACUGAUUUUAAUAUUGUCUUUUUUGAAAAUUUUAAAAAUAUCACUUUAAAAUAUAUUAAUACAAAUAAAGACAUUAAAGUUAACAUAUUAGAAUAUAAAUUAUCAACGAAUUUUGAAAAAAAAAAAAUAAAGAAUGUUAAGAAUGGUGUACUACAACAAUGCACAUGGAAACUAACAAUUUUAAAUAUCGUGGGGUUAAAAAAUAUUUGCGCAAUUGCUUACGAAAUAUUUAAAAAUAUUGCGUAUUGUGAAGAUGACAUAUGUUUUUGGCUUGAUAGUAAUCAUGAAAUUUUAUACAAAGAAAAGGAGAGGAGUUCAAUUGAGGGGGGAAAUACCACCUCUGAUAAGGUUAGCUUCGAUGAAAUGCUAAAUAAUUCUAGGUUUUCUUACAUGGGCAAUACCAAAGGGGUUCUAAGUGAGGUUAUAGAGUACUACUACUGCUAUGGAACAAAUAAUCAUGAAAGAAAUAACUUGGAAAAAGGGUCGUGCGAAGAGAGGGACUGCCAAAAGAGCAAUUGCGAACAUUUUAAUAGCGUUGUUGUAAACUUGACGAGAGAAAAAAGUGGUAACAAGUACCGAAUUAACUAUCACACAGAUAAGCAUGACAGCUGUUUGGUUCACCACUUGAACGAAAGGAUUGAGCGCUUUAAAGAUAAUUUUACUAUUGAUUAUAAGCGGGUACACAUACAUGACCUCCUCGAGAGCAGCGAAAAAGAAUCAAACAAUAGAACAUAUGAAAGUAAUAGAACCAAUAUUAGUAGGAGCGCCAAUGUUAGUAGCAACAUAGGCCUGGGUACCUCUACUAAUACCGUUAACGGGCAGAAGAAGCUGCUAGAGUACUGUGUAAAUGGAUAUAAUGAAUAUUCCUCAGGAGAGAACCAUGGGGACGAUGGUAAGUGCUCCAAAAACGAAGUAGAAGAAGACGAAUUUAUAAAUAGUAAAGACUCGUGUUUAAUGGGUUACUUUGGUUUCUUUAACUACGAAUACAAAUAUGAAACAAUCAAAAAUAUAUAUGGAAAAAAAUAUGAACACGUAAGAAGUGACAGUGAAGAGGGUUCUUACCCUGUCUCUGUAUUUAUUUUACCCCAGAAUUUCAUUGCUCUGAAUAUGCCAAAAAAUAGCGUUUAUUUAAUUUCGCUUUUGCCAGAAGAACAAUCUUUUAAAAGCUACCUUUCGAGCUUACCCAAUGACCAUAACAUCAACGAAAUGGAAGAGAAAUUAACCAUGACAGAGUUACAAAAUGGGUUAAGUACUUCAUCGAAGCGUAGUCCAUGUGACUACCACUCCUGCUUUCAUCAACACUACCGCUACUCAUAUGAGGAUAUCAAAAAUUAUAAUGAUCAAUGGAUUUAUGGCACGUCAUAUAAAAUUCGUCAUAUUGUAAAAAAUUUGAUGGAUGAAAAAAGUGGCUACAAGGAAUGGAAAGGAAAAGAAAACAAAGACAAGGAUCAUAAUGCUAUUGUUAAGGAUGUAAAGUUGAGCAAGUUUACUUUUACUUCUUCAUUGAGUAAAGAGAUGUAUAUAGAAAAUAUUAAAGCAUGUAAAGAGUAUAUUGAAAAGGGCCACUCAUAUGAACUCUGUUUAACGACGAAAUUUAAAGGGUCCUUUUGUACUAAGUCUGAAUUGACAGCUCUUAAUCUUUUGGACUUAUAUAAAUACAUGAGAACUGUAAAUAAAGUUUCUUACAGUUGCUAUAUACACUAUGAUAGAACAAUAGUGCGAAAUGAGGAAAGGGGAAUGAAUGAUGAGCCAACAAAAAAGAUUGUAAAUGAUAAAUUAAAAUUUACAAUAUUGUGCUUUAGUCCUGAAGAAUUUUUACGAAAAAAUAAAGACAGUAUUAUGUUUAGUAAACCUAUUAAGGGUACAAUCGAAAGAGGAAAAACAGAAGAAGACGAUAAUAUUUUAAAAGAUAAACUAUUUAAUGAUAAAAAGGAGAGAUCAGAAAACUUAAUGAUUGUAGACCUAACAACAAAUGACUUCAACCGAAUAUGCGAACGGGACACUGUAAAAGUAGUGAAAUUAUUUCAUAUAGAAACGUAUACAUUUCUUCAUCAAAUGGUAUCUAAAAUUACAGGAAAAAUCAAACACGACAAAACGUUUGCCGAUGCUAUCAUUAAUAUUUUCCCCGGUGGAUCUAUGACUGGCUCCCCAAAAUUUAUUUCCAUGUCCAUCUUACAAAACAUCGAAAACACACCCAGGGGUAUAUACUCUGGUUCCAUCGGCUUCAUUUCUAUCCAAGGGAAUUUCAUUUUUAACAUAGUUAUUCGGACGGCUAUAAUAAAAAAUGACAAUAUUUCUAUAGGAGCCGGCGGGGCCAUCACAAUAAAAAGCGACGAAAAGGAAGAAUACAACGAAAUGCUCUUAAAAUUUAUGAGUAUAGCACGCCCAAUUAGUUACUAUUUAAAAGAGCGUCACAGUGCUGAAGUGGAAUACAGGCUCUAG